AUGAAAAUUAAAGAUAAAUAAGUGCUUGUUUUUUAUGCUGAGAAGUAAGUUAUUUUAUAUAAUGAGAGUAUUGAUGAAGUGAAAAAAAGAAUUGAGAGUGAACUUAAAGAAAACGAAAAUGACAUAAAAUUGUUAUCUAUUUACGCUUAAAUUCUACAUUAAUAUGAUAACGAUUACAUUUUAGCAUUGAAGUAUAUUAAGAAAAUUCUUCAAUUAAAUAAAAAAGAUGUGGAUGCUCGAUUAGAAUUGAUAAUCAUUAUGUUACAGUACUUUGUAGGAAAUACAGAUGAUUGUUAAAAUAUUUUAAAUGAGUGCUUAAAGAUUGAUGAUAAUUAUUGGAGGACACAUUUUAUUUAGAUUAAGUACUAUGAUUUUCUUCUAAAAAGUAACUCUUUCAUGAUGAAAGAAAUCAAAUUGUUGCUAAAUAGAUUUCCAAACAAUCCAUGGAUAACUGUUUACUACUGGCAAAUAGCAGGAGAUGAGGAUGAAUUAAGUUUAUAAGAUGUUAAUAUGGAAUUAAUUGAAAAUUCUGAGUAUUUAGACUUUGAGAUGUUGAGAAGAAUUGCUUAUUACUUUUAAAGAGUUGAUAAAAAUAAUUUGGCUGAGUAAUUACAGAAAUAAUCUCUAAAACUUAAUCCUAAAAGUUUUGUAAAUUUAAAUAAUUAUGCUUAGCUCUUGAGAGAUUCCUUUAAUAACAAUAAAGAUUGCAUUUACUAUUGUCAAAAGUCACUUGAAUAUAAUCCUCGUUAUGUAAUGGCAAUGCUCAAUUUAGCAUUCACUUACUAAUUUUUAGAAAAAUAUGAAAUUAGCAAUAAGCUUAUCAAAAAUCUUAUAGAAAUAUAAAACACUAAAUCUAUCUUUUUUGAAGGUCUCAUUCAAAACUACAUCAAUCUCGAACAAACAGAUAAAGCUAUGUUAUAUUGCUAGAAGGCAAAUAAAAAGUUCCCUAAUAACUAUGAAAUAAAUGUUAUGUAUUCCUAUGAAUUAAUUUAACAUCAAAUUUACACAGAAGGAAUAGAAACAGAUUUUGAAUAUGUUGAAAUUGUUUUAUUUAAUAAUCUUGAUCUCUUUAUUAAUUAGCCCAAUUAUGAUUCUGAUUAUUAUUAUAUUAUAAAUCAUAUGAAUUAUAUUUAUGGUGAUAAUGAUGCAGAUUACAAUAUAAUCGAGAUUUGA